UUUAAAAAUUUUGUGUAAUCAAAUUUGUCAAUCUUUUAUGACUUAAUUGUCCUAAGACAGAAUUUCCCUACUCCAAGAUUAUUAAAAAACAAUUUUUCCCAUGUGUUAUUCUAUUUUUUAUUCUAGUUCGUUAAGGUUCUCCCCCACUCUCUCCCCAUUUAACUCUUAGACUCACCUAUAAUUUAUUUUUGUGUAAGAUGUGAGGUAUGGAUCCACCUAUUUUUCUCCACAUGACUAAUAACAUCUUUCCCCCACUGAUUUGCAGUGUCACUUUUACACUAUGUCCUCUUGAUUAAAAGCCAUUAUUCAAAGUGUUUGCUGACUCAGUUGAAAACAAUUUUAAUUAUUAGCUUUAAUUUUUUUUAAGAUUGGUAGGUGUCUGGAGCAGUGCUUUCUGAACUCUUGGGGAACCUGUCAGGAUUCUGUAAGAACUAUAGUCCACUUACCUCCUGACAAAUCCUGUUGUAAGCUGCUGUCACUGAGGACAAUGCGUCUUGCCCGAGUGUGUUAGAGUCAAAAAGUCAUUUUUAACCACUGGUCUAGGGAUUUCCCCUUAGAGGAGGGCUUGUCUUUUACACAGUCUUAUAAAUUUCACCUGUGGCCAGAGGCCCAGCUAGUGAUUCUAGAGUUGUUACUUUAAGGAGAAAUGAGCCUCAGCAAGAGCCCAGAAGUUAGAACCUUUCCAAAGGAAACUAAACUUGGCACUUUUGUGUCAUUAGUGUCUGAUCCUCAAGUUGUCUUCCCACUUUAGAAUUGUAGUCAAUUUCUACAGUUUUACUUUGAUAAAUUUACCUUGGUGGAGUCUGUCCUUCAGGGGAGGCGAACUACUGGAUGAGGCUGUAUUAUGACUGUAUUUUGGCACUACUUAGAGCUGGGGGUAUAGAGAUGAAAGUCAUCUCUUUUAAAUGAAACUGUUUAAAGUCAGAAAAGAGUGUGGCCCUUUAAAAAGUAGAAUUCUCAGGGUACCCCUGACUAUAAGGGGUAGAGGAGGAGGCCUAUCCUGUAGGUCUGAUGCCACAGACUAGGGUGGACAGCCCCAGAGUGUUCUGUCAAGUGUUUGAGCUGCCCGUUUGGCUUGGUAGGGGAGGAUGCACAAUGGCUCUUAAUUUCAUCUGAUAUUAUGAAAUUAUUCCUUUAGUUGAGGUACUCAAGGAGUAGCUUGUUACAUUGAACUUUGGGGUGGCAAGUGUUCCCUGUGCUUGCAAGUCCCAGUGGCCGUGACACCUUGACAGAGCAUCUGGUGCUGACUUCUUUCUCUGUUGUUUGUCGACCCUUGAGCAUCUCACCCACUAGAGGAGCUAGGUGCAGGUGUGAAAGAGUGAGGGAAGCUGGUAUUGCUGUGAAAGGACUUUUGUUUUUUGCUUUUACCUUUGGGGUAUGCUAUUUUUAUAUUUUUAUUAGUUCGUUCCAGAGACUGUUCCCGACACUUGAAAAAGUUAAUUUAUAAAGGAUACAGCGGAACUCCAUUUAAAUGGUUGUGUUGAGGUAAAGAAAUGAUAUCUACUUUAUCGGCUUCAUUAUACAUCGUAAUUGCCUAAUUUGUUCCAUGUGCUUGUGAUGUCUGGGGGGCAAGCCCAUGGUACAGUAAUGAGCUGUGGCUAAUGCAUUUCUACCAUAUUAAAUAUCAUGAUUUAAGGGAAGCUCUUCACCCAGAUUUCUAUAUAUCCAGCUACUGAUAAGUUUUCCUUCCUGUGCCAUUUUCACUCCUCAAAAGUCACAUUGUUAGUACAGUCAUGCUAGCAUGCCCUUGAAUAAACUCCACAUCUGAGUCCUCAAAGCAGAUUGCAGGUAGCUGCCUGCCCCUUUGCACAGUGUUAGCCAUGGAUGCCACCUUUUGUAAGCUCUUGCCCCUCUCUUCCUCCUGGCCCCUCCAUCAUGAGCCCUCUCCACUGAAGUUCCACUCAGAUGGAUUGCACCCGCCUGGAUCAUUCAGCAUCCCUACAAAUUUGCCCACCAGGAAGGUCUCACAUCAGGGGCUACUCACCCCUUCCAGGCCCUUCCCGAGAAAAAGAAGUCUCCUUCCAUGUGGCAGCAGUCAAUUUUCUAUUUGUUUGGCCUGUGACUGACAGGAAGGGAAGUUUGGGGGAACUGAAGAGGAGAUGGCAGUUUUUGCGGAGAAAAACAUUUGUAGAAAUCACCCCUUCUGCCUUCAUCGGGCGUGUCCCUCUUCUGGGCAUCUCUUCAGGAUUUCAUUCCUCCGUCCAACUGCCGUUUCCCAACUGCCCUUUCCAACUGCUCCAGAACUCUUGGCCCUGGCAUUCCGUGAUGUAGAUUAUUCCACGCAUGGCUCGGAAUGGGUGCUAAGCAGUGUUGCCAGGUGUCUGAUCACUAGUUUGUCAUGGAUGAUGAUGAUGACUCGUGUCUCCUUGAUCUUAUUGGAGACCCACAAGCAUUGAACUAUUUUCUACAUGGACCUAGUAAUAAAUCUAGCAAUGAUGACUUGACUAAUGCAGGAUACUCUGCAGCCAAUUCAAACUCAAUUUUCGCCAACUCUAGUAAUGCUGAUCCUAAGUCAUCCCUCAAAGCUGUAAGCAACCAACUUGGAGAAGGGCCUAGUGAUGGACUGCCACUUUCAAGUAGCCUUCAGUUUCUUGAAGAUGAACUUGAGUCUUCUCCUCUUCCUGAUCUCAGUGAGGACCAACCUUUCGACAUUCUUCAGAAAUCCUUGCAGGAGGCCAAUAUCACUGAACAGACGUUGGCAGAAGAGGCAUAUCUGGAUGCCAGUAUAGGUUCAAGCCAACAGUUUGCACAAGCUCAGCUUCAUCCUUCUUCAUCAGCAUCCUUUACUCAGGCUUCUAAUGUUUCUAAUUACUCAGGUCAGACACUGCAGCCUAUCGGGGUGACCCACGUGCCUGUUGGAGCAUCAUUUGCAAGCAAUACAGUGGGUGUGCAACAUGGCUUCAUGCAACAUGUGGGGAUCAGUGUUCCCGGCCAGCAUUUGUCUAAUAGCAGUCAGAUUGGUGGUUCUGGUCAUAUCCAACUAAUUGGGUCGUUUGCUAAUCAACCUUCCAUGAUGACUAUUAAUAACCUAGAUGGCUCUCAAAUCAUAUUAAAGGGCAGCGGGCAGCAAGCUCCAUCAAAUGUGAGUGGAGGGCUUCUGGUUCAUAGACAGACCCCUAAUGGCAAUGCCUUGUUUGGGAACUCCAGUUCCAGCCCAGUAGCACAGCCUGUUACCGUUCCAUUUAACAGCACAAAUUUUCAAGCAUCUUUACCUGUGCAUAACAUCAUCAUACAAAGGGGUCUUGCACCAAAUUCAAAUAAAGUCCCAAUUAAUAUCCAGCCAAAGCCUCUCCAGAUGGGUCAGCAAAACACAUACAAUGUGAACAAUCUGGGAAUACAGCAGCACCAUGUUCAACAAGGGAUCUCUUUUGCCUCUGCCAGCUCACCCCAGGGCUCGGUAGUUGGUCCGCACAUGUCUGUGAACAUUGUAAACCAACAGAACACAAGAAAACCAGUCACCUCACAGGCCGUGAGCAGCGCCGGUGGCAGUAUCGUCAUUCAUUCUCCCAUGGGCCAGCCUCACACACCCCAAAGUCAGUUCCUCAUACCUACAAGCCUUUCCGUCAGUUCCAACUCGGUACACCACGUCCAGACCAUAAAUGGGCAACUUGUUCAGACUCAGCCCUCUCAGCUCAUUUCUGGCCAAGUGGCCUCAGAGCAUGUCAUGUUGAACAGGAACUCUUCCAACAUGCUCAGGACCAACCAACCAUAUUCUGGACAGAUGCUUAACAGCCAGAAUAGCGCCGUCCAGCUAGUGUCUGGGCAGACGUUUGCUGCCUCCGGAAGUCCCAUGAUACUCAAUCAUGCCUCUCCCCAGAUUGCCGGUGGCCAGGUGCCCUUGCAGCAGGUGUCACCAACCGUGUUACACUUGUCACCUGGGCAGGGCAGCAUCUCCCAAGGACGACCUGGCUUCGCCACCAUGCCCUCGGUGACUAACAUGUCCGGACCUAGUCGGUUCCCUGUUGUCAGCUCAUCCAGCACUGCCCAUCCUAGCCUUGGGUCUACGGUUCAGUCAGGUGCAUCAGGAGUGAACUUCACAGGAGACCAGCUGACCCAGCCAAACAGGACUCCAUUACCAGUCAGUGUGUGUCAUCGUCUUCCAGUUUCUUCUUCCAAAUCUACCAGCACCUUCAGUAAUACGCCUGGAGCAGGAACACAGCAACAGUUCUUCUGUCAGGCUCAGAAAAAAUGUUUGAAUCAGACAUCCCCCAUUUCCACUUCCAAGAGCACAGAUGGCCUGAGGCCAGCGCAGAUCCCCGGCCUCUUGAGCACGGCACUGCCAGGGCAGGAUUCUGGAAGCAAAGUUAUACCAGUGUCCUUAGGAACCGCACAGCCACAGCAAGAGAAAGUGGUUGGAUCAUCUCCUGGCCAGCCGUCUGUUCAGGUGGACAGUCAUUCGGGAGGACAGAAGAGGCCUGCUGCAAAACAGCUAACUAAAGAAACUCUCAUUCUCCAGCAGUUACAGAGGGACCAAGCCCACGCUGUGACACCUGAUAAAAGUCAGUUCCGAUCACUAAGUGAUGCAGUACAGAGGCUACUCUCCUACCACGUGUGCCAGGGCUCUGUGCCCACAGAGGAAGACUUGAAGAAAGUCGACGAUGAAUUUGAAACAGUUGCCACUCAGCUCCUAAAAAGGACCCAAGCUAUGCUUAACAAAUACAGAUUCCUACUCCUAGAAGAUGCCAUGCGGAUCAAUCCCUCUGCUGAGAUGGUGAUGAUCGACAGAAUGUUCAACCAGGAGGAAAGAGCGUCUCUGUCCCGAGACAAGCGUCUAGCACUUGUAGACCCUGAGGGCUUUCAGGCAGAUUUCUGUUGUUCCCUCAAACUUGACAAAGCUGCUCACGAGACGCAGUUUGGCAGGAGUGACCACCAUGGCAGUAAAACAACCAGCUCUCUACAUCUGACAGCCAAGGCCCAGAGCAGAGACCGAGCCAAACCAGGCAUGGCAGAGCCAACGAAUCAUGACCAGUUUAAUUUAGUGCCUAAUCACAUCGUGGUCUCUGCGGAAGGAAACAUUUCUAAAAAAACGGAAUGCCUUGGCCGAGCACUGAAAUUUGACAAAGCGGGCUUAGUUCAGUACCGGAGUGCAUCUGAAGAGAAAACCAGCCGGAGAGAGUCCAUGAAGGCCAGCGAGUGCCCUCCUGGCCCCGAUGGGCACCGGAAAACCUCAUCCAGACUAGAUCAUGGUACUGAAAGCAAACUCUCAAGUAUCCUAGUAGAUUCUCACUUGGAGAUGACCUGUAACAAUUCCUUCCAAGACAAAACUCUGAGGAAUUCUCCAAAGAAUGAAGUUUUACACACAGACACCGUGAAAGGGUCAGGUGAGCCCCAGCCGGAUCUCCAGCUCACUAAGAGUUUAGAAACAACGUUUAAGAACAUCUUGGAACUCAAAAAGGCUGGGCGGCAGCCCCAUAACGACGCCGCGGUUAGUGGCUCUGUUGAGUUAGAUUUUCCCAACUUUUCUCCAAUGGCUUCGCAGGAAAACUGCCUGGAAAAGUUCAUCCCGGACCACAGUGAAGGUGUUGUAGAAACUGACUCCAUUUUAGAAGCAGCUGUAAAUAGUAUCCUAGAGUGUUAAUAGCAGCCGUCCUUCCCUGCCCCGCCCUGAGCCCCCACCCUGGACAAGUUGCAUUCUCUCCUGGCAAAAGCAAAUGGAAGCGGUCUCCUGUCUCCAGCCUGCUUGAUCUUUCAUCACAGGUCAUCCUUUCUAAUCUCAGUCCCAUUCUUUGUUUAAGAGCAAUACUCGGUGGAGGUUACAGGGAGAUCCUUUAGUAAAAUGAAUUCUUGUUAGAAAGCAGUCUGAAAGGCCCUACACAUCUCAAGUGUUACAAAAGUGCUUAUAGUUAUGUUUUUGUUUAUUUGUUUUAUAUUUCUGAAAACCCUGUAACUCAGUGAGAUCACAGUACGCACAGCCCUGGGUAAAAUUCUGACAAUCAUAAGUCAUUUGAAAAGAACAGACUCAUCAAAGAAAUUCAAACAGGACUGAUAGAAGCUACUUUUUAAAGAAUACCCCACUGCAUCUCCAGAUUUCUGGGUUUUUUGUUAUUGAGGGGGAGCCCACAGGGUUCCCCGACUCAGCCACCUCUGAGCAGUAGGUUCCUCGCCGCCCUGCUGGGGAGGCCGCAGCCCUGGUGUGAGCAGCAGGGGGCACACGAGCAGGGCACUUGCAGGGCUCCCAUGCUCGCUGUUCGAGUGCUUUCCCAAAGCUCCUGGAGCCAAACCCCAUGUUUUUCAGCAUAUGCAUGUUGAAUUUCAUCGAGGGAAUGCUCUGUUCAUUGCAACAGCAUGACUUGAUCUAACCUCACCAGGCUAAAUAAAGGAAAAUAGCAACCAGUUAGUGGCACAGUGUACAGGGGAGGCCGGGAUAGAGCCAUGAGGAAUAGAAUAUGUAUAUAUGUAAAAGCAUAUAUAUGUUAACUAUUGAGAAAAAACAAGCGCUUUGCAUUUUAUAAUUGGAUAGAAUCAACGUAUGCUGUAUGUUUUUGUUUGUUGCUGGAUUUUGUUUCAUUUAAUCUCUCUUCACACCCUUUCCAACAAAUAGCCAAGCGCCAAAAGCACUUUCAUUUGAAAACUGUGUUGUAAUUUUCAGUUAACCUUCAAGGGGACUUUGGCCUUGUUUAUGCUUCUUGUCUGAGAACAGUCGUCCACCCCCGGCAGCAGUCAUUACCAAAAUGCAGACAAACCAAAGGUAGCCAGCCAGCCCACCACUAAAAGGAAUGAUCUGAGACACAGGAUUCUCACUUGAGAGCCAAGGGGCAUAUGCCCCCAUCUCGGUUUGUGUUCGGCCCAUGUUCCGAUUAGUGAACAUGAUGUUGCUUUAUUUAUUUAUUUUUCCUUUCAGGGAGCUUUCCCCAUUUUCCCUUCUUGUAUACCUGCCCCAGCUCAUCCCAUUUCUGUUCUGACAUUCAUUCUCCAUGCCAUUGUAACCAUCAGGUACCUCCCACCAUUGGGAAAGCCACAUUCGGUGUUUUAUGUGCCCCUUCAGUCGCCUCUGUGUGCCUGGGUCUGGGUGUUCAGGUCCAGAGGGUAUUUUGGUUACAGUGUGUGCACACACCCUCUCUCUGUCACCUGCACGCACCCUUUCAUUUAUUCUGUGUAUCUCUCUGGCUUUAGAAGUGCACCCACUGGUCUCCACUCCAGCAUGUUGCCAGGAUCUGCUUCUGGCUGUCCCCAGACUGUGGAUGACCCCCAUUGCAUCAUGUCAGGCAUUUCUUUUCUAGAUUGGCCUGAGAUGGAAAGGAAAGCUUCUGAUUACCUGAAAACACAGCAACAGAAAACCUAGACCCUCCCUGCCCCCUUGUCCCGCCUCACAGAGAAAGCCUAUGAGACAGCCAGUCUUCGUAAGAGCAGCAUACCUUCUCCCCACCCCCAGCCCCCAGCCAAUAGAAAUUGGAAAAUCUGGGCCAUUUUAGGGUUACCAUUUUUUCCUCAUUUGUGCCAAUGUCCAAGUUGCAGAUUUCCCCUUUUUCCUGUAUUUUUACAUAUUAGAAAGAUGAAUUGACAUUGCCAGUUGGAGCUUUUCUGUUUGGGCAGCCCUGGGGUAACACCCUGCCCUGAACCCCAUGAUAUCACAGGCUCUUCCCUUAGGACUCAUGCUCCCUAAUUCCUAGCAAGACUUAAAGAUGGUCCCUCCUGAUCAAAUUCUUCACUUUGUGGAACUUUAACCUGGAAGCCUUCACAGUAGGCUACUGAUGAGUUACGUUAAUUACUGCCAGUCAGUGGAAUUCUUCACAGACAAGCUUCUCGUACAUUUGUCACCUCUUUCUUCCCUGUCGUGCCCUGCCGCCCCAACCCUAGCUUUCCCAGUAUACCAUCUUCAAGGGUUUUUAAAGUCCUAAUAUUUGUCUAGCAAAUGGAGAGCCUAAUUUACCAAAACGAAACUUGUAAAUGUUUGUGUCCUUGUAUGUAAGUUUACUUUUUAUGGAGAAAAAUUCUAGAUAAUGACAAAUGAAGAUUAUGAGAUGUAUUUUACUCCUGUGAUUAGAUUAUGCGCACAUGGGUCAUAACUCACAUGCCAUGCCGAGCUCCCUCUGGUAAAGGGUAAGAGAGCUCAGCCUUGGUUGGCCAGCGGUCGGUUGUUCAGGUUCAUUAGUCAGAGUUCAGUUUAAGAACUACUUGUACUCAGUAACAAAAAGCAUUUUCCUUUUUUUUUAUUCUGUUGUUGUGGAAAGCGCGUGUUCGUUACUAAGCAUUUGAUUUUCUGUGUCCUUAAGUACUGCCUAAAGAUAAAGCAAAUUUUAAACCGGCAAUUACAAAAAAAACUAUUUUAGCUCUGAAGAAUUUAGUAGACUUUGUUAGAUUAGGGAGGCCUUACAGACUGACUUGACUUAAAGAGGACGCGUCACUCACUGUCAAUGUGGUGUGGGCUUUAUUUGCUUAAAUACCUUCAUUUGUAUAGUAUGUCUCACUUGAAAUUGCUUUGUAUACAUUUUGUAAAAAUAUUUAUAAAAUGUUUUGUAAAAAAAAGUAUAACAAAUUGCAGUUUAUUUUGUUAUGUUGGAUAAAUACUGUUAAAAGAAACCAGUCAGUACCUAUAUUGUUAAUCCCUGGUUAGGAAAUGUUUAGUUGGAGAUUACAAAAUGAAACAACCAUUGCAAUACAGCCAAAGAUUUGGGAAAAUGUGCAACUGUGAUUGUCUUGAUUUU